AUGGCGACGGUCAAUGAAAGCUGCUUCUACCCAUCUUCCUUCGUUUUGUUGGGUAUCCCUGGUCUGGAAUACCUCCAUGUCUGGAUCUCUGUUCCCGUCUUCUCAAUGUUCCUGUUUGCCAUCGUUGGGAACUACGUCGUCCUGCUCAUCAUCUUCUUGGACGUCAGUCUCCACCAGCCCAUGUACAUCUAUUUCACCAUUCUUGCUUUCGUUGACAUCAUAUUGGCCAAUUCCACCGUGCCAAAGCUCCUUUGCAUCUUCUGGUUCAAUCAGAUUGAGAUUGACUACCAUAUGUGUUUUCUUCAGAUGUUCUUUCUACAUUCGUUCUCUACCAUUGAGUCAGGAAUCUUUGUAGCCAUGGCCUACGAUCGAUAUGUAGCUAUAUGCAACCCUCUACGGUAUUCUGUCACAGUGACCCCAAGUGUUAUUAUUAUUAGUGGAGUAUUAGCGGUCCUGCGUGGGGUGGUCUACAUCCUUCCACUUCCUCUUCUGGCUCAGAGACUCCACCUGUACACCAGUAAUGUCAUUUUCCACUCAUACUGCGAACACAUGGCGGGGGUGGUAAGGCUGGCUUGCGGUGACGUCUCAUUCAACAACCAUCUUGGCAUGGUCAUUGGCUUCCUUGUGUUGGGUAUGGAUUCAGUGUUCAUCGCUUUCUCAUAUGUGAUGAUCCUUCGAGCCCUUCUGAAGCUAAGUGUUAAGGCUCGCUUGAAAUCUUUCGGGACAUGCACUUCUCACGUCUGUGCCAUCCUGGCAUUUUUCACACCAAUCCUUUGCUCAUCCUUGGUGCACAGAUUUGGGAAGAACGUCCCUCACCAUACACACAUCCUGCUGGCCAACUCCUACCUUAUCAUCCCCCCCGUGCUGAACCCUUUGGUGUACGGUGUAAGAACCAGGCAAAUACGAGAGAGGGUGGUCAAAUGUUUCCUGAAACAGUCUCCUGAUUUCUUUUAA